AUGCAGAUGACGUUUGCAAGUUCGAUUGAUUUUCGUGGUCAAGGCUCAAGUUUCUUUGAUUCCUUACGAAGGUUGCCACCGAAUCCAGAUGAGGAUACAUCCGUCCAGAAGUAUUUUCGGUCUUCGGUGCUUGACGCGAGAACCGUGAUUGCGCUUGACCAAGAGCAAGAUAAUGUGGAAACUAACGAUCUUAAAACGAAUACACGCAUACAUCACUGCGCUUCAUCACAGGACAGCUCCGCGUUUAUCUUUGCAGAUGGUGGACACAUCAUGUACAAAUCUGGUUGGCUGACGCAGGAUCUUGACCGAUUUUGCGUCAGGUCAUGUGACAGAGCUCUGAACGCUUCUGCCGAAGACUUUAAAAGGUCUAUCGAAGUCAGAAAUUUGCCCGCAUCGAUGAGCUCUUCACCUUUUGCACUGUCCGAGUACAUUUCUGAUGUGAACGAUGAUGCCUGCUAUGUGAAUUGCGCUGACGGAGCAGCAAAAAAAAUUGACAAUCAUGAUGAUGUCAGUUAUGCAUAUGUCUGGAGUUCCCCUGUUUCAAUUCCACAUAUUUUUGUCCGCCAAAUGAUCGACUUCAACCCAUUUUUUUCCGGAAAUUUUUUCUGCAAACAGAUAGUAAAUCCUGACGCACAGGGAUACUCAAAAUGCAUGCUGCAGUGUGGCGUGAAACUGCAGGUUACAACUACACAGAUUCAAUUCGGCCUCGGAAAUCUCAAGGGUAUGACUGAAUGGACUCGGGGAGUCAGCAUGGUUUCAGUGUCAUCUUCAUCAUGGCUUGCACUUUAUUGGAGACUACAUAAAUUAAACUCUUGUUUGCCUCACGGUGAUAGGCUUGGUAUUGUGUUGCAAAACAAGAAUCAGUCCUUUGUUGUAUGUGGAAGUCGAGUAGGAAUUUAUAGAUUGAUAGGACCAAGGAGUGUGUCUAGCAAAUCAACAGGGAUGCGUGGCUUCCCGUCAAGUAUUCCACUGCACAGCUCUCCGUUUCUUGGAAAUGCCAUCUUUAAUAUCUUUUACAAAGUGGUGGAUCAUGUGAAGCGAUGCUACGCGUCCUCACAUCGACAGGCAUUCGCAGCAUUGUCAAAACCUAUCCCUGAUAACGACUGUGGUGGCUUCAUCACAGCCGUCACAUUGUACUUGAUAUGCAAUGCUGUGUCUUGGCCUGAGAGUGCAUCCUUGACUAGAAUAAUGAUUGAUAUGUUUCAAAGGUACGUUUCCAGCACAGAAAUACUUGACUGUCGCUGGCCAGUUAGGGUGGCCAGGCACGGGUCAUCAAAAGCAAUUUCGACCUCCCAAAGUGAAACUUGUGCGGUCUUCAAAAACACAAAAGCGAUGCAAUAUGCGACCAUCCUUUUAAAACGCAUAUCUAUCCUUGCUUGUGAACAACGCCUUUUUUGGACGCAGAAUAUUGUCUUUCCUUCCUCAUGUGCUUACAACAAAGGGUUCAUCACACGCUUGAGUACUAAUGAUGUCGAUGAAAUUCGGUUAUUAAACGCUGCUAUAAACAUGUUUAAUUUGCAUCCGUCACUUUAUGAACGUAAAAACAGGUCAGAUUAUCCUCAUCUUCACAUGCAAAAUUAUGAAGCGCCGAAUGUGCCCAAAAUCCAAAUCUUUUCAUUAGAAGAAUACGGGUUGGCGACAGCCUCGCCGGAAGAAAUCAAUGCCGAACAUCCCGCGGUCAUUGCGGCUUGCUCGGAAGCAAUAGAUACUUCAACAGGUGCAUUCUUCCGUGUUUAUCUCGCAGGAAAGCACGCUGUACUUGUUCUAGUGCAUCACAUCGUUUGUGAGACCAUGUCCUUGGCGAAUCUUGCUGAGCGAUUUUCUGAGGCAUAUUUAUCUCCAGAUGUAAGUUGGACGAUACGUGAACAGUCUACCAGUUUUGAAUGUUCAAGUUUUACUCAGGAUAAACUUGAUUUCAUCUUUGAUGCAUCGGCUCAAGCGUACUAUUCAUUUGCUCUACUUUCGCACAAGCUAGACACAUGGCAUCGCAUGCUCACAAAUGAAGAUAGAACAUUUACAUUAUUCAGCCUAAAGAAUGACUACAUCUGUCGCUCAACUGGAAUUGCGAAUGGUUGCGGAACUAUACCCCAACGGAAGAGACCGUGUUGCAACAUCAAAUUAAAUAUUUCAACUGAAUUUGCGAUAGCGCUGAGAAAAUGCUCAAACAUGCGAGAACGCAAUGUUUUUGCAACUCUUGCAUCUAGUUGGUCGCUAGUGGUUCGGAGACAGAGCGGAUACGAUUGUAACAACAACUUGGUAGAUAGUUUGACUUUUGGCAGCUCUGUGGAUCUUCGAAAUUUGAGUGGCUUGAAUGAAUUUCAUUCAAUUGGAUGCUUUUCUGCUAUGCUGCCAACACGGUGUGAGUUUGCAUCUGUCCACAACGGUCUAUUUGACGGACUUGCGUUUCGCAUACAUAUAUUUUGUCAAGCUGUUUUCGAGCUCAUGGAUGUUCCUCUGAUGGGCAUCAUCGAUCGGAUUGAUUUGGGAAGCAAGAGAUGUAAAACGGAGGGUAAUCCUUUGUUCACAACAUGCUUCAGCUUUGUUUCGCAUUCUCAGCUUCAGAAGGCAUCAGGGAUUGACGGAGUCAUCUCUGACAAAAAGGCAAGCUUGGCCAGGUUUUACGAGGCCGCAUUUGAUAUAUGGCUCGGAAUUGGUGAGAUGGGCACAGCUAGUAUGAUGGGCAACCUCAUGUAUGACGCUACAAUAUUUAGCAGGCGUUCUGCUGCUUCUCUUUUGAUGUCAUUAAAAGCAAGCCUGAAACAAGUGGCAUGCAAACCAAAUAUUUCCUUAUCAGCUGCAGAUGAAUGGAUAAUUAAAUCAAAUAUCGACAUGCACGCAUUGAAUUCGGGGACAGUUUCAAACUUUGAUACAAAUUAUGCUGUCAGAACCCUUUGUGACAUGAAAUUGGGAUAUAAAGAUUCCAUAAGAUUAUGGCGACCAUCGCAGUUUCUUGAAUCGGGUCUGCUUUCGAGCAGUACAUCGACUGUCUCGGACAUUGGGGGAAACGUCACGCUAUCCUUUAAAACCGUGCAUUUUCAGGCAAGCAUAUUGGCCUCAAAGCUGAAGAGCGCAUAUGAAGGCACGCGGCAGCCACGAAUGUCAUUGUUCUCUGGUAAUAGUUGGUGCUCUCUUAUUGUGCACUAUGCAGCUUCACUCGUGGGUGGCAUAAUCGGUAAUCACAAUGUUCAUCUAGCUGGCUCAGAAUUUGCAUAUCAACUCAAACUUUUCGACCCUGAAUUAGUUGUUGUUGGAGCUGGUGACAGAUUGAAAACAGUAUUUGACGAUGCGAUUGGGACAAACCAAGUUGAGCUAAACAACCUGUACCCCGAAUUUCUGCGGCUCCCGUGGUCUAUUGAAGCGAGUCAUGCGAUGUUAUCAAUCGAAACUGGCAACUUUCCAGUUCAAACUACAGAUGUUACGGUCCAUCCAAUUAAUAAACCAUAUAUGCUAUAUUUUACUUCUGGAACGUCCGGCAAACCAAAAGGCGUGGUCCUUGACCAAAAUGCUAUUAGCAGUCAUGCGGUUGGCACCGUCUGUGAGAUGCGACUCAACUCACAUGAUAUUUGGCUCCACGUUGCACCAAUUUUUCAUCUUGUAGAUGCUUUCUCUGUCUAUGCAAUCACAGCAGUAGGAGGUCAUCAUGUUAUGCAGGCAGUAUUUGAAGCUGCCGCAACACUCCGAGUUAUUGAGCGUGAAGGGAUAACUGUUCUGAACUUGGCAUCGACAAUGGUGGCAUUAAUGACCUCGCAAGCUACUGCCGAAAUCGUGCACUUGGACUUGUCUUCCAUUCGUGUUCUAAGUUGCGGUGGAAGUCCUAUUACAAACAGCACAGUUCUACAAGCUGUUGGGCUACUUUGCUCUGAGUUUUUUGUGUCCUAUGGGAUGACAGAAUGCUGUGGAAAAAUAAGUGUGAGUCUCCUAGAAUCUGAUAUGCGUGAGAAUCCAAAUUAUCGAACAAAAGAUCACAUCAAUGCAAUUUGCACAUCCGGCAGACCUUUUCGGGUUCAAAUGGUGCGUAUCGUCGAGCCAAAUGGAAAGCUUAUUGUUCCUGGGAAUCAUCGUAUUGGUGAAUUGCAGUGCAAGGGUAUAACACUGUUUAGUAAAUAUGUGGAAAGUUGCCGCGCAUCAGAUAUGUUUGACUCUGGAUGGUUUACGACAGGUGACAUUGCGAUGGUUGACUCUAAUGGAUAUAUUAUUAUUGUUGACCGAAAGGCUGACAUGGUAAUUGUUGGUGGCGAGAAUGUAUACACAAAUGAGGUUGAGAAUGCACUGCUGACACAUUGCGCAGUAAACCAAGCUGCUGUUUUUGGCAUGGAUGCUGAGCUGCUAGGCCAGGUCAUAUAUGCCUGUGUUGUCUUAAAACCUCAAUGCAUUGGAAACGUCAAGGAGGAAGAUCUAAAAGAUCACGUCAAGGAGACAUUGUCAUCAUAUAAGGUGCCAAGCAAGAUUAGUUUGUUGAAGUCAUUACCCCACGGCGGCUCUGGAAAGGUGCUUAAAUCCGAGCUUAGAAAGCUUGCCCUGCUUGGAAGGUCGGGCGGACAGCGUUGCAGCGCAGAGAUCGACUUUUGUAAUGAUAAGGCAAACGCAUGUAGCCUUGAAGAUGCUAAAGUGGCCUCCCAUUCACAAAAUCUAAGGAAAUGCUUGAUCAUUUUAGAAUCAAAUAUGGAUAUUUUGGUGCUACCAAAGGUUGCGCAGCUCGUAACUAAGAUACACGGUUUUGAAACUUUGGUCAUCUGGCUUGCACCAAUGCUGGAAGCAAAUAUAUCUGGUCAAGACUUUUAUCGUCUUUUUCUUCCGAGUUUAAAUAAUGUUAAUGUCACAGUGCAUGUAAUGGUGAUUGACAUGAGAGAUAUUUGUCAGAUUACUGCCUCGUGUUGUUCAAUAUGGCAGCUGUCUACAAAAGCUACAAAAUCAGUGGAAUUGGUCAUGAAAAUUGAUCACGGUUGCAGGCACACCACAUGUUCAGAAGGCGUGUUUUAUCCUGAGGCCCUGAAUCAUUAUUUCAGUCGCCUCCUGCUCUAUGUUGUUUGCGGCUUGGCAGCAAAUCUUGUUGAUAUAAAUCUCGCGAAUUAUGGCAUACAACAGUUUCGUUGUCACGCGAAUCCAAGCAGAUUGAUGUUCCAUGAUAUGGCUGAGGUACAGAGAAGAACAUGCGUCGUACUGGAAUCCGUUUUCGGAAAGAAAGAACAUCAAGAAAUCUCGCUUCAAACUCGUCUUUGGGACUUUGGGCUGACCAGCAUCCUUGCCUUGUCUCUUUCUGCCAGCCUGGAGGAUGAGUUUAAUCAUAAUUUUCCAGCUGGUGUGGUGUUCAACCAUGAAUCCGUUAGCCAGCUUGCCAAAUUCAUAUACGAUGAAAUUAGUGUUGCAGUGCCAAGCAAGGAGCACUUUGAUCUUUCAAGACAAGUUCCCACGAUGAUUUGCUCAUCAGAGACGUUUGUCGUUUCGGCGUCUCAAGUGGAAAGCCUCUAUUCCAAUCAACCCAUCAAAUCUUCUGCUGAUGUGCAAACUUCUCUGGGUUCGAAUUUGUGUCUGGACAAUCUGUGCGAUGAUGACAUUGCAUUUGAUGCAGUCACGAUGAUCAUUUUAUCUGCCAUUCACAAGGUUUUCUUAGUAGCUGAUGGUGCUUACGACCAUCGACCUAAUACGAAGGAAGUUAUACAUAAAAAUAGAGCUAUUCUCAAAAGUGCAUUUGAAGGCACGAUCAAAGAUAUCAUAAACAUCGAUGAAGCAUUCUGGUUGAUUGGACUAACUUCGAAGGCUGCUUCACAAAUUUCAGACGAUCUGUCAAUUGGUUUUCAUAAGGACAUUCCCGCUGUGGCUGUCUUCGAUUACCCCUCCAUAAACGAUUUAUCAGCAUACAUUAAGAGGCGCAUAGGAAGUGAUCAUGAAUACAGCGAGGACAAAAAUAAACUCGACAUCAGUUCAAAACUGGAACCCUAUGGAAUAAAGGGAAGCGUCCUUAGUUCUUUACUCGAACAUUGCGGACGUCAGGGGGUAGUUGUGAACGCAAGUCACUUGACCACAGGAAUGGCAGAAUCAUUAGAUUACAAUUUCAUUUGCCAUCAUUCAAACGCUGAUUGCAUUACAAGUAUCCCGAGAAGUCGUUGGGAUCCUGAUCCUAAUCAUUCAAGAAGACUACAUCGUCAUUUUGGAAACUUGCUGACAACCAUUGAUGACUUCGACUCUGAUUAUUUUAGAUGUCAAAGAGCAGAAGCUGAGCUUAUGGACCCGCAGCAGCGAUUACUUCUGCAUCGAUGUACCUUGCCUGCCAUAGACAUCCGAUCAAAUGAUACAAAAUGCGGUGUUUUUGUUGCAAUUUCACACAUUGAUUAUGCUAUUGAACUAUACUCGUUACGCAGACCACUGUCUCCCUACAUGGCCACAGGAAGUGCUAACAGUGUAGCAUGUGGACGAGUGAGCUAUACAUUCGGGUUAACUGGCCCAUGUGCCAGUGUUGACACGGCGUGUUCAUCAGCGUUGGUAGGAUGUCACUUUCUCAAUGGAUGCAUUCUACAUGAAAAUUUGGAUUAUGGAAUAGCUGCUGCAAUGAACUUGUGCAUGUCACAAGAAAGAUAUAUGAUCUUCUAUGUUGCUGGUAUGCUAUCCAAAGAAGGUAGAUGCAAAACAUUGGACGCGGCUGCAGAUGGUUAUGUGAGAAUGGAAUCUUGCUGCGCCGUGGCACUAGUUAGAUCCCAACAUCGGGAACAUUGCAAACAAGCGUUCUGUGCUUCUGUAUCAUUGCCUUCAUCAGUCCUUAAUCAAGAUGGAUUUUCAAGUUCGCUCACUGCACCAAAUGGUCCAUCGCAGCAAGCUCUAAUAUGUCGGGCGAUGCACAUCUCUAAAGCUGAUCCAAAACAAAUUACCACGAUGCAGAUGCACGGAACGGGAACGCCUCUUGGAGAUCCUAUUGAAGUUGGGGCAAUAUGUGAUGCAUUUACAAUGAUAGAUCGCGAUAUUUUCGGAUUUGCUUUGCAUUCUAUCAAGAGUAUACUCGGUCAUGCAGAGACAUCCGCAGGCGCACUUGGCCUUCUACAGGCAACACAAUCACUAAUUAAUGCUCGAUCAUUUCCAUUAACUCACCUUCGUUCUCUCAACACGCAUGUUUCUUUGUCCCUUCAAAGAUUUUAUAAAAUAACCAAAGGCGGUGAUAUCAUUUCCCCUUCUCAAGAUUCCCAACUCGCAACUCUUUGCCGCCUUGGAUGCAAAACUACGGAACUUCAUUUUCCAAGUCAUCAAAUGACAGGAGUUUCAUCAUUUGCAUUCCAAGGUACCAAUGCGCAUCUAGUUGUAGCAUCUACAUCAAGUGAACAAACAGUAAAGAACCAUCUUAAAGAGAAAUCUGCCUGCUUAUGGAGGAAUGAAAAAGUACUGAUUAAGCCACAUUUACAUGCAUUUAUUCAGUGCGCAGUUCAGCAUCUGGGGAACAAAUCUGAAUAUGAAUUCUGUAUCGGCUUUAGUUCACCUUGCAGUUCUUGGCUAAUGGAUCACCGUGUGGGACAGUACGCCAUCUUUCCUUGCACAGCCUCUUUGGAAACUGCAGAUGCCGCAGUAAACUUCGGCCGAUGCAAUCGUUUCAGUAGCUGUUCGACAUAUUGCUCAUUCUCAUUAGCAACUCUAGCCAACAUGACAUUGCCAUUCCCGAUCGUACUGGGCAAAAGUACUGAAGAAAACAGCAUAAUUUUCGUGCAUUUGGAUAACAAUUCUGGUGAAAUAAUAAUGCAAGACAGAAAACCUAUGAUAUUUUUCAAGGCUUGUGCAUCGGAAGCUAUUCUGGAAUACAGGAGAGCGUCCAAAAAGGUGCAAGCGAUUAACUCUAUCAGAUGUCGAGGUCUCCAUAUGUUUGAUUUGACAUCUCUAAAAAAUCACAACAACUUCUCUCAGACAUCUGUGAAGCCAUCCACAUUUGACGGACAAGUGGAAGCACACAAAACUGAUCAAAUAGAAAGUCAAAUGAAGAUCAUUCACAGGCGCGCGGGAUUUGGGCAAAUUGUAAUUCGUCGUGACUAUGCAGCGGAUGGAACUUGGACCCAUCCAGCUGGAACAGACUGCAGCCUCCAGGUCGCCUUUUGCAUUUCAAGUAAAAAAAUAGAGAAAACAAUUAUUCCUGUCAGUGCUCAGGGAUACACGGUACCAGAACAAUAUAAUCGUCAAGGCGGUGUAAUGCUCUCAUCCGUUUUUAUUGACAUUUCUAGUAAAGCAACGCAUGUUCUAGAUGGGCCCAGAGCAUAUAGAUCAGGAGCAAAUGUCAUCAUUAAUUCAUUGGCAUCCCGCAACGUCCUCUCUUUUACUGCUCGACAAGCAACUUGCACGAUCAAAAAGCCAUCGAUUCUGGCAGAGAGCACUGAUUCAGAUAUCAUGUAUAUAAUGAGCUGGCAUGCUGUGCCUGCCCGGACCACACCAUUGCAAAGGUCCUUCAGGCAGAAUUGCAAUACACUUGGUACGUAUAAUCAUCGGAACGUAUCAUUGAAGAGGAUCAACGCCAAUGGAUUAGCGAGCAUCGCGAUUUUGCAAUCCUUGAAUUCUCAACUUACUGAAGCAAAUCUCAACACUCAUGCAAGGUGUUACAGGGUUUCCCCAGAAAUAUCGUUUGUAGCAUUGCAUGCGUCUGUCCGAAUGGCAUGGUGUGUAGCCCACGUCGAACUGCCGACGAAAACUAGGCUUGUUUCUCUCAGAUGGUCGCCGAAUUAUCAGCUGGCACGCUCUCUUCUUCCCGAAGAAAUCUCAUGUCCCGAACAUUUGACUCGUCCGGCUCGUAUUGAUAAUGCCGAUGAACGAACAUUGAGUGCUCACGGCAUAGCAAAUGAUGCUAAUGUCCAAUUUACCCCCGCGGUUCGUUUGUGCAUGACAAUAUCUGGAUUAAAGCCAAAACAUGUUAUCGAAACGAGUUUUCUAAUCAGAAGUAUCUUUAAAAAGCAACAAAGCGUAAACAAAGUUGUUGAACAUGCGCCACCGGGAAAGCGGAAGCAGCAGAGCGUUUUGCUGACGGGUGGCUUAGGUGGUCUUGGAUAUCUUCUUACGUCGUAUAUGAUUCACGUAGCUAGAAGCAGAAAUGUACUAGUGGGGAGUACAUCGGGUCGGGCUUCAAAACUCAAUCCAGCCUCCACUUUUAGUCACGCACUCUAUAACAUUAUUAGAAGUAAUAUUGGAUUAACUGACGAAACAAGAUGUGCACUCGUCGGGGAAGGAUCUUUUCUUGCUUCACAGCUCACCACUAUAAUACAUGCGGGCGGCAGACUCAACGAUGCAACAAUUUCGAACCAGACAGUUGGAAAGUUCUGUUCUGUCUCUUCUCCAAAAUUUAUUGGAUUGCAAAGGAUGGCUGAGGCGAUGAUGAAUUCUUAUGCGUUGGACAAUUUUUUGCUGUUUUCUUCAAUAGCCUCGCUGAUUGGCUCCAGCGGACAAAUCAAUUACGCAAUGGCAAACAGCGCGAUGGAUGAAUUUGCGGAGUUGAUGCAAAAUGUAGGGACCCCAAUUUUAAGCAUCCAAUGGGGGGCAUGGGGUGAGGACUUUGACGGAAUGACAUCCGGUGAUAGGAGGGUUCUUACGAAGAUGCGUCAUCAUGGCUUCGGAGUUCUCAAGCCAGAAGAAGGAGUUUUGGCUCUGGAUCACUUUAGUACCCCUAGUGUGGCAGAGCCCUCGAGUGCAAUUCGGAUAAUAACUCCUUUAGACCACCAAAAAUUGUGCGAACCCAAAUCGCUUGCUUCAAAGCUUUCUAUAUUUGAUCAGUUCUCUCAGAAUAUGGCAUGCGUACCCGGGGAUCGCACAAUUACGCCUUUUAAGUACACUGAUGUGGAAUGCAAGGUUGCAAACUUAGUGACUGAGUACAUCGGCAUUCAAGUAUCUUCAAAUGAUAUUCUUGCGAAUAAAGGUCUGGAUUCACUUGGAGCAAUUGAGCUUUGCAAUUCUCUGGCUCAGACAUUUGCAGUAACUCUACCAAGUACGCUGCUGUUUGAUCAUCCUUCUAUCGAGUGUGUCACGAGACAUAUACGUGGUUUACUUGAUUUGUCAGACAGAACAUCAGUGGAGCCCGAUAGUGUCUCGCCAGGGGUGCGAGGAUAUUCUGAUGAAAAUGACCAUCGAUCCUGUCAACUCCAAGAUCUCAUGAAAAGUUGUGCUCAAAAAAUACUUCAAACACCAAUUGAUGUAUCAAGAUCGCUGAUAAGUGCAGGGUUAACAUCUUCUACGGCAUUCAAAUUAAGUCAAGAAAUCUCGUCUAAGAUUGGCUUUCAAGUUCCGAGCAUUGCAUUCUUCAAAUAUUCAACUAUUCAUGAACUUUCUGGAUACCUUCGAGGUCAUGAUUUACUUGUACAGAAAUUCCAAAGUGCUGAUCCUUUUUUGUUGGAACAGAAGCGUCUUAUCAUAGCAAGCAAAUCGAACUAUUGCAUGUCUGUAAAUGAGCGGCUCGACAACGUUGGAUGCUCACCAUUUUCACGCUGGCAAGUAGGAGAUAAUGAUUUAUUCUCUUGUGUUCCACGAUUUGGUGUGCAUAUGCUCGAAAUCGGCACUUUUGACAUGUCCGUGUUUGAGAUUACUUUUGCCGAGCUAUCAAGGAUGGAUACUCAACAUGGAUGCUUGCUGACUACUUCGUACAACGCGCUCACUGCUUUGGAAGCGCACCAUGAUCUCCAACUCCGCAAAGGGUACGAAGUCGGAGUCUAUGUUGGAAUUUCAAGCACUGAUCACCACGUGCUCUGUAGGAAAAAUCAUUUGACAUCAUCAUUAUCUUCAUCAUCUUUCGAUGCAACUGGAGGCGCCCAUAGCGUGGCUGCAGGUCGAAUCUCAUUUACUCAUGGUUUCACUGGAGCUGCGAUGGCAAUUGAUACUGCUUGCUCAUCCUCGCUUGUAGCUUUGAAUACAGCUUCCGCUAUGUGCCAUCGCUUUUGUUUUUCAAAUAAUGUAGCAUGCGUUGCAAGUGUGAAUUUGCUUCAAGCUUUGUAUACAACUAUGGUAUUCGAAAGAGCUGGCAUGUUAGCUUCCGAUGGUCGCUGUAAGACCUUAGAUUCUGUCGCAGACGGAUACACUCGGGCUGAAUCAUGCAUAGCAAUAUACCUUACAGAUGCAAUAGAACAUGUCGUGACCGCGGCGAUGUCAGCGGGAACAAUUCUCAGUUCUGCAGUAAAUCAGGACGGCCGAUCAAGCUCGUUAAGUGCACCAAGUGGUGUCGCACAACAGAAAGUAAUAUGCAAUGCAAUCAACCUAGCGGGGCUAGAACGAGACAUAACCGGCAUCCUAUUGCAUGGGACCGGAACUGCACUUGGCGAUCCAAUAGAGAUCGGGGCGAUUAUUUUGGUACUCAAGAGCAUGCAAGAACGUGAAAGGGAUUUUUCUGACCUAUUCCUUGUGGCGUUGAAAUCUUCAUUAGGCCACAGUGAAUCGGCAUCCGGAAUGAGUUCUGUCAUCCACGCGAUAUCAUCAAUAGCACAAUCGAAUGUGUGUCCCACUGUUCACUUAAGGAUAUUGAAUGAGCACAUAAAUGCUCAUUACGGCACGCAUCAUUUACUUAAUAGGGUGAAAACCUCGUUUGGGCCAAGAUUAUUUCGUAUUCCCGCAUCUCUCGUCGCCAAUAUUAAGCAGGACGUGACAAAAGCCCCGAGGUGUUGUUCCCAUAGGAAAGUCUUGUCAAUGAGUGGAUUUGCUUUUCAAGGCACAAAUGCACACGCUUUAGUAAGUACUCUUCAAAACAACUCCUGCCCACAUUCAAAAACAGUGGCUGGUUUGGACAAAAGUCCAAAUUUACUUAACACCUGGCACAUGUCGUCCCGUUGUAAAGAAGAGCCCCAUCCAUUUAUUUCUUCACUCGAGCUUACGGCGGGUGCAUCAUUUUCUAUCCAGCUAUAUUCACGACUCGGAUUUCCAUUUUGGCAUGCAUUCAUUUUUGAUCAUGCGGUCCAUGGUAGAGUCAUAUUUCCCGCAGCUGGUUUUCUUGAGCUUUCGGCCGCAGCAACAACAUUCUCAGCAAAAGGAAUUUACUCAGGAAUUGAACAUGUUACAAUUCCAACGCCCUUGAUAUUAAGGUCAAAAAAAUGGGAUACGCCAGCAGUAAUCAACGUUCUCUUCAGCAAAGUUUUGAUAGGCUUUGGAAACAUUGAAAUACGGACCAAAAAAUGUAUUCAUGUAAAUGCAGCCUGCACCUUGAACGCACGAGUCAAAUCAGUCGCUGCAACGAGCAGGACAAGUUUAAAUUUCUUCGAAAAGACUUCCAUGAAUGAAACCGGAUCAUACGCUCUUAAAACAGACACGGUCACAUGCCAGGCCCGAGUUCAACUUAGUGGCGUUAGCAACCGCGAAAGCAGCGAAUAUUCCUCAUUUUGGAUGAAUCCUUCAGUCCUCGACGCGGGUUUACAGCUUGCCUCGACGUGUUCUCGUGCGGGGGGCAACAUCGCGCGCCUUAAAAUUCCAGCCUCGAUGGCAUACUAUGCCUCGCCGUUUUUAAUGACGGGCAUAUUAAAACGCAGCUAUUUUGCAAGCUCAUACAUCCAGGAAAAUACAUGUUCCCUUGAAAGUAAUGUUGAAGUUGCAUCUUUCGCCGCAACAAAAUCAUGCUCCCUUAAACGCGUGAGUCAUAAACUGAUUAAUUCUACUUCGGCAGCGUUUUAUGACUCGUCAAAUGAGUCUCUCCACAGCCAAGCUGCCAUUAAUUUGCCCGUGUAUAAAGUUACAGAGAUGGCGACAUGUGUCGCAGAUAAAUCUGUUCCAGCACAAAUAAUACAGUAUUAUCAUAAUAAUGAGCCAAACAAUAAUAAUAACAAUACCUCUCGAAAAGUCGGAUACAUUGUGAGACAUGCCUGCAGCUGCCUCGAGAACAUCCAAAACUAUUCUGGAGAUAUCCAUGAGAUCAAAGUAAUGGGACAAAAAGAGUUCAUUGGACAUGCAGUAAUCCACGGGGUCUUGCAAUGUGCUGAACGGGAAUGUGAUUCAUCGAUUUGCUCGACGCGUUGUUUGCAUGUAUGUGGAUUGAAAUAUCGAGUUGGAUUGACAAAGUUUGUGCACAGUUCAGACAACAGUCGCUGUGCCUCGUUGCCAAGCACCAGGAGCUCCGAAAGCCAAACCGGAAUAAACUUAGAGCAUUGUCUUUUCAGAAUCCUGAGAGCUCACAUUCAUUUAUUGAACGGUCGACGGGACUUUUCAACUGGACGAGAAGAGUUAAAGGUGCGCAGGGUCAUCAUUACCGGUGGACUCGGAAUGGUGGGUCAACAUGCUGCACGGCACCUGAUUGUACAUGCUGGCACGUUUGAAAUUUUAGCUUCCGGACUAUCUGGCCGUGUUCCCAUCAUUGAGCGAAAAAUUCUGGAUGAAUCUGCGCACAAAUGUUUCAUUCAAUGCAUCCGAUGCGACGUUUCAAAUUCAGAAGAAAUGCGAUAUAUCGUCAUGGCUCAGCAUCGGAGCUCAUGGUUGCUUCAUGCAAGUGGUGUGAUUCAAGACUCUUUGAUCGCAAAACAGACUUGCAAUUUUAUGACAAGUGCAAUGGCACCAAAAGCGGUAGGAAUUCAUAAAUGGGCGUUGAAUGCAUUCGCAUCGCCAAUAGGCGCUGUUCUGCUGUGUUCAUCCAUCGCAUCAUUUUUCGGGUCAAGCGGACAAGCAAAUUACUGCUCAGCAAAUAAAGAGUUAGAUGCAUGGGCACGGAUAGCAAAAUCUUCCGGACUUUUCACCAUGAGCAUACAAUGGGGAGCGUGGAGUAGUACGAAGGGCAUGUCAUCAAAAAGUCCACUCGUACUAAAUCGCGUCAAGAGAUUAGGGUUCGGAAUCCUGAGCCCAAAUGUCGCAUUCAAGACCCUCUCCAAGUUCGUAAUGGCCUCACAUGGUGACGUGUCCGAUAUUAUUGUUAUUAGCCCUCUUGAUAUCGUGUUACUGAAGGCCUGGAUGUUGGAAGAUGUCUUUCAUGACGAGUUUUCAGCACCAAAACAAUGUAAUUCAAAUUCAAAAAUUUCAUCAUCGCCAUUGACUGUCCCAGAAAAGAAGAAAGCAGGAACGGAAGUUUCGCAUAUUAAAGUAGAGGAACUCCAAAAUCAAAUUUGUGAUCUAGUUGAAGCAGCUCUUGGCUAUCGCAUAGACAUUCAAAUCUCUCUGAUCGAAGCUGGAGUUGACUCACUCGGCGCUGUCGAACUUCGUAACUCAAUCUUAAAUCUUUGCGAAAACCAAGAUUUUCGCAUUGAUUCCUUGCCGGCGGCCUUUGUGUAUGAUUUUCCAACGAUAUCGGCAAUAUCACAAUUUCUUAUCAAGAAAGCGACUAACAAUGGCGAGAAUAAACAACUGAAUGAUACGAGAACGAAUCAAAAAAAUGCACACUCGAGUUGCGUAGGGCUUGAUAACAUUUUCAAUGAUAAUAGUGCCCACGAAAGCCGUGAAUUUGUUUGCAGCCUUUCUACAGCGCUCGUACCUGGUGACCGUCGACGGAUGUAUGAAGUAAAUGAUAAAAUUUUAUGUCUUCCAAGAAGUCGUUUAUGCUCGAAUUUUGCAGCGCAGCAAAGAAUCAGGUUCGGUGGAAUUCUGCCGGCCAUUUCUGAAUUUGAUGCAAGUUUGUAUCGCAUAAAUGACUCUGAAGCAUUCUAUAUUGACCCGCAGCAUCGUAAACUACUUGAUCUAGCCCUGAGCAUCUUUCUCAAUAGUAGUGCUUCGAAGCAUUUCCGCACAGCCUUGCAAGCUGUCACACCUUGUAAACCAGAAACAUCUGUUGCAGUUGGCAUCUCCGGAACCGAGUAUUUGCAACAAGUUAGAUCGUAUAUGGGGCCUGCAGCAUACACGGCCCUCGGGACAUUUUUAAGCGUCGCAUGCGGCCGAAUAUCUUACUCAUUCGGGUUAACGGGGCCGAGCUUUUGUGUGGACACUGCAUGUUCAUCGGCGAUUGUGGCACUGCAUCUGAUUGUCAUUGAAAGAGCAAAUGAUAAUGGCAAUACUGUCACUUCCAUCUUACACUCGCAAGCUAUGGUUGCUGGGUCAAACGUUACCUUGCAUACAAGCACGACAGAUCUCUUUUCUGCUGCGGGCAUGCUUGCCCUUGAUGGUCGCUGCAAGGCGCUGGAUGUGGCUGCAGAUGGGUAUGUUCGGUCCGAAGCAUGUUUGGCAUCGUUUGUUCAGCGGAACGACCGGAAGGAAAGAUCAACUUCCCCAUUAAUUGUCGGCACAGCUAUCAACCAAGAUGGUCGUUCUGCGACAUUGGCAGCACCGAGCGGUCAGGCGCAGCAGAUGCUUUUGAAGAAUGCGAUUUGCAUUGCAAACAUAAGUGGAAAUGAAAUGAAUGUCGUUAAGCUUCAUGGUACUGGAACUUCACUUGGAGAUCCUAUUGAACUGAGUGCAGUCAUUGCCGUAUAUCAUGCAACCGCGUGCCGAUCGAUCCCAAUAAUUGCAUCAACGCCAAAAUCUUGUGUUGGGCACACCGAGCCAGCAUCAGGAGCGCUUGGUGUUGCUUUUGCACUCAACUUGCUGUGGACACUCUCCGGAAUGCCCAGCUUGCAUCUUCGCACAAUAAAUACCUUCCUAGGGAGGACUAUGAUGUCGGACUCUAUCGGAUCUUUUAGACAGUCAGCCUGUGUAGUGAAGCCAUGGUCCAACAUCAAAGUUUGCAGGGCAGAGUGCAUUUCUGCGAUAGCAUCGACGAGUGCAUUUGCCUUUCAAGGCACCAACGGGCACGCCAUCAUUGCGCGUCAUGCUGAUCGAGACACGGGCACCAGUUCACCUCUUUGGCACAUGACCUCAUACUGGGUGCACCCAUGUGUCGACACGGUCACCUCAACUGCAACGUUGACUGAUAAAUCAAGAUGGGUCUUCAGAAUUAGCUGCAAAAGUCUUGAUAACACUGCUUAUUCAUAUUUCUGGGACCACCGCAUAGCUGGUAUUCCAAUUUUUCCUGCAGCAGGAUUUUUUGAGCUGCUCGCGACCACCAGACAGAUCUUUAGGACGCCUUUGUUUCCUGAAUGCAUGUCCUUUCAAGCCAUAGUGCUGCUGAUGCCGUUGGUGCUCGGCACCGAUGGAUCAGAGCGCAUCGAUUUGCUAUGUGACGGAUUAUCAGAUAUUUUCAACAUUUGCACUGUGUCCAGAUGUUCAAUACACACGCACACAAGCACAAGGACUUGUUAUCACCCAGUAAUCGCAUUGCAAUCACAACCCGAAACAAUGCAGAACUUUUUUCGCAUAUUCUCACUGUGUGAAUUUCAAAGUAACAUCGCACAUGAUGUUUUUGGCAUUUGCCUUGGGAAUAUCAGCAUCAGACACGACAGACUUUCGGAUCAAAGGAAAAUCAAUGAUCAGAUGAUUCUGCUUCCGGCAGUGGCUGAUGCAGGUUUGCACCUUUCAGCUGCCAUGAAACCAUCUGAUUCUUCAUUUACUUCGAGGCUUCCUGCGUGUAUAGGAACCUUUCAGAUAUCAAAUGAUCGUCUGAAUUCUGGGGACUCUAUUAACAUUGCCGGGAUGAACAGCAGAGUUUCUAUGGAAAAAGAUACUGUUGAUCAGAAGAUGAUGACAGGUUCGCCAUGUCAUUCAUCGACAAUAAUCAGAGAUUUGGAGAUGCGACAGGCUCCCGUUGGACGGGUUCCACACAUAGACGACCUUGAAACCUCAAAGCUGGGAACUGUUGAAGGUUUCAAGAAUGAUGUUUGCCCUGCUCCUGUGUACUAUUAUGUUGAAUGGAAAUUUUCUUCGAAAUCCACUUCACGUGGGCCGAUCGACUUAAGCAGCGAUAUCAACAAUAUUAGAGCGACUCAAUCAAGUAACAUUUUGAGGACUGUAGGGACAUCAUUAUCAGCAAUGCAAGGUAAUUCAAAAUUAUUGACAAAUGUUGUUGUAGUGAAUCAAGGAAAAGGAAAAGCCACAUUGGACGGACUUUGUUCAAGCGCACUUAGUGAAGUCAACCUUACGAGGCACGAUGCUUGUCAUCUUUGUACUCGGCUACCGACAUUCAUUCAGGCGCCGUUCCUUAGCGGCUUCAUGAUUGCCCUGCAUCAAACAAACGAAUGUAUUCAAUCGACUCGACGAGUGACAGCCAUUACAGGUGGCCUAGGUGGGAUUGGAAUCCUGGUCGGGAAAAGCCGACUGCAUUCUGGCAGCAGUCUGAACACGCUUCUAAGCCGCUCAGGGCGGUCUUGCAAGGCCAACUUUGCGUCGAUGUGCACUCCAGCAGUAUACGGCCUUGUUAAGGUUGCGUGUUGCGAUGCAACUGCUAAUGAAUACAUAAGCUGUGUUCACAAUCUGAGACGAUUCCUGCAAUUUCUUUCAGGCGUUCAAAGCUUUGAAACAGAUAUCUUGCAUGCCAGUGGCGAGUUGCACGAUGCAACUUUUGAUCAUCAAACAUCGCUCUCGUUGUCAAAAGUCCUCGCUCCAAAAAUGGUAUAUGCCGAUGCUGUACAGAGCUUGGUUUCGCUAUUACCAAACUUGAAUACCGUGUUUUUCUCCUCAAUUUCAGUAAUCCUUGCCUCGCCAGGCCAAACCAACUAUACUGCAGCGAACUCCUAUCUCGAUGCUUUCGCGUUAACUGCAAGGUUGCGAGGAUAUCGUGCAACUAGCUUGCAAUGGGGUGCCUGGGAGGCUUCGGAUGGCAUGGCAGACGGGCUAUCAAAUCUAAAAACGAAACUUAAAAGGCUGAACAUCGGCACAAUCACAUCAAAUCAAGGAUUGAAAAGUUUGAGCAGGAUUCUUCGUUUUCAAUCUGCGCCCCCAAUGGUUUCGGUUGUUCCGGUCACUGAAAAGCACAAGAUCGCUUCCUCUCGCAAAUUUCGUGCUGCUAAUAGGUGCGAGCUUGAUUCCUUCGCAGUUUGUGUACUGAGUGAUAUAAAGGAUGUCAGAGAUAGUUACAAUCUUCUUGGGCAUGCAGAAACGGAUCAAGAUGAAGUACACAUCUCAAUAAGCAGCAUAGCUGAUUUUAUCAGAAGCUCUGCUCACCAAUACACCCAACAAAGCUCGCCAAAAAUAUCAAAUGAUGAACCGCUGAUGGAGAAGGGGCUUGACUCUCUUGGAAUUUUGGAGCUUACUCAAAUCAUCGGAAAACAAUUUAAGCUUGACCUGCCAUCAACUGUUAUCUUUGAAUACCCUACAAUUGAUGCCCUGGCCAAGUUAGUUGCGGAGAGAGUUUCGUCAUCGUCAAGGUUCAAUUUGCUGAAACAUUCAACGCCUAAACAUGUAAACCCAUUCAUAAGUAAAUACAAGCUCCCAAGAGCAGAAUUCCAUUUUCCCCUGAAAAAGACAGCUGUUGCUGCAACGUCAUGCGAAUUUCCCUUUGAGAUAUUCGACACCAAAGACCUCAUGAUUAGCUGCUGCUUAGGCGGAGUUGAUUUUCAGGUAACUGUCCCUGUGUGCCGCUUUGAUACGGAGAUGUAUGGAUCAGGAACACGCCAUGCUACUUUUGUGAGAAAUUUAGCAGUUUUUGAUGGUAGUAUCUUCCGUAUUUCAGCGUUGGAAGCGCUAUCGAUGGAUCCCCAACAGCGUAAAAUAUUGGGAUUGUGCAUACGCAAUUAUGUUGCAAUAUCCUCCUCGACGCAGUGCGCACUUGAGACCGCAGUUGACACCUCUGCAGGUGUCUUUCUUGGAGCAAUGUGGACAGAAUAUGAAAACUUCUUGAAUCUAUUUUAUGGAUACACUCAUGGAUACUCUGCAACUGGGAACGGGCUUAGUUUUCUUGUAGGACGCCCUUCGUUUACCUUCGGCCUUAUAGGUCCAAACGUAGUUCUUGAUACGGCGUGUUCUUCUAGUCUGGUAGCAGUACACCUUGCUACGGGCUCGUUCGACAAGCAAGAAUCAGUAUCAGCUCAUGCAGCUGGAACUCAGUGCAUGCUGAUGUCUCAAACAUUCAGCAUCCUAAACUCAAUCCAUGCACUCUCACAUGAUGGAAGAUGCAAGACACUAGACUCUAGUGCAGAUGGAUACGGGCGAGGCGAAUGUUUCGCGACACUAUACUUGCAAGCAAUUCAUGGAAAUCACGUUCACAGAAACAAUACCAUGUGCUUGCAACUUCGCGGAACUGGAAUAAAUCAAGAUGGUCGUUCGGCAUCGUUUACAGCUCCAUAUGGACCAUCUCAACAGUUUUUAAUCAGAAAGGUAAACAGUCAAAACCUUUUAAACCCGAAUUCUAUAAAGUUUCUGUCCUCGCAUGGUACGGGCACUUCACUCGGGGACCCUAUUGAGCUUGCUGCAGUUGCGAAAGCUUAUGAAGGUGGCACUGGCGUAAUAAUCGGCGCAAGCAAAUCAUUCAUGGGCCACACAGAAGGUAGUGCAGGUCUAACGGGUUUCCUAUAUGCCGUCGCGGCUUGUGAAAAUCGAUCCGCUCCCUCUGUUCGUUGCUGUCGUACGAUAAACCCUCACAUGGCUGUUGCGUUGGGGUCAAUUGAUCAAAAUAAACAUUCCGAUGAGAAUAAAUCGACAGGAAAAGCACCUUCAAAGGUACCUUCGGAGGUACAAUUUUCAAUACCGAGGCUCGCGUGGUCCCCUUUGAAGAGUCAGGACAAUAAUGUAUCUUCAAUUUCUUCAACAAGCUCCUUUGGCAUGAGCGGGGUUAAUUCACACGCAAUCAUAGCGCAUUCGGGUUCGUACUCUGACAGUACUGGCGCAAAAUCAUCGCAUGUAUCUAACAUGAGACAUAUGUGGUGCGCACCUGCCUUGUACUAUCUUUGUAGGACCGCCAAAGUUAGUCAAAAUGAAAAGGGAAAUGGCGUGUAUUAUCAUAGUACAUUUGAAAAUCCAAAUAUUGCAUUCUUAUAUCACCAUCAAGUUUGCGGGCAAUGCAUUCUACCUGGUGCUGCGUCUCUUGAAGCAGUGCACACAUGCUCAAGAACAGAUCUGCCGCUGGACUUUGAUUCGAUUGCAGUCAUAAAUACGGCGUUUGUAAAGCCAAUAAUAUUGACAAGAAGUACGACUCUUGUCAUAGUAAGGUCCGAGAAUGAUGGGGCCGUUCAGAUGAACGAAGCUGCGGAGCAAACCUCCACAUGUGCAAAGGCCGUAUGCCAAAUUUUAUCAUCUAUGCCUCCGAAAUAUUCGUCAAGUCUCCUACCUUUCCCACGUGUCCAUUCAAUCGAGAUAAAAAUCAAUAAGGUUGUAUAUUCAAAGGUUUUAUUGCAUGGAAGUAGCGACGGAUUACGGAUUCAUCCCGCUUCUAUUGAUGCUUCAUAUCACGAGCUAGCUGCUCUCGUAGCUGAAAAAGAAAGUCAGGUUUGCUUGUCCAAUAGAAAAGUUGGGUGGAAAUCGCCAAAAGUUCCGUCGGCUCUCCAAACAUAUUUAGUGAUUGAUCAUGAGGAAACAUGCCACGCGUACACUGUUGCUGCUCGGCAUCGAUUAGGUUCUAUUGACAGAUUUCUCAGAUCUAGCGAUGAUGUGUUCGACGCCAUCUGUAACCAAGGUUCAAGAGCAAAGCUUCUCGCACUAGGGACAAAGCAAGUCCGGAAUAUGUCAAUCGGUAAAGACGUUCUAGUUACGAACCUGAUGAUCGCACAUCAUUCAUCGACAGACACGACUGAACAAAUACUGAAACGUGACAUAGUGUGUUCAUCUACCUCGAAUGCAUCACCUGCGUCAUCUGCACAUGUUGAAAGUAUGCAGAUACAUCUCGACAACAUAAUUAAUGAAAGGAGUAAAACCUUACGUAAGAGGGAUUCUGGUAAUGGUUUACUUUAUGGACUUUCAUGGCGAGUUGGCAUGAUCACUCCCAGAAGCGAUGGAGAGGCCGCUUAUGCGAGGGCCGUGCAUGGCCUUGGAUCGGCUUACGAGACCAGCUGCAGCUUCGAGGACUCAAUUUUACGACACGUUGCAGGGGCAACAAUGCUGAUGCAGGCAUCUGAAACCGCUGGUAUCUCCAAAGUAACAACGUGCAUCCGGGGUACUUCCCAUUGUCACACCUCCCCUCAAUCAAUAUUGUUGAGCUACACUGCCAGAUCACCAAUAUAUGGUGUGGUCGGCACCGCGGCAACAGAGAUGCGGACGGUUGAAUUUACAACUAUAGGUUAUUCAUAUCUGCUGGGAAAAUCGUUGCCGCAACUGAUCGAUAACUAUCAAGUCAAAGAUGGCCACUCAUAUCACUCCAGCAAUUCCAUCUCAUGUGCAGGCAUGCAGUUUUCGUCUACGAUGCACCCGUCAGGCGCUUGGAUUGGGUUUGGAGCCAUGCAGCUUAGGUCACUUCAACGUGGAUCCUUACUUAACCUCUCACCAAAACUUUGGUCAGCAUACGAUCAUCGCAUCAAGGCGGAUUCCAAACUGGCUCUGUCUUUGACAAAUAAAAUGCCCUUCAUAAGUGUAAGGGUGCAGGCAGUGGGGCUGAACUUUAGAGACGUUCUAAACAUUUUAGACAUGUAUCCUGGUAUACCUGGUUCACCCGGAGGUGAUUUCUCCGGGAUUGUAUUGGGCGGAGCUAAUAUCAUGGGUGCAUCGAUUUACAGACCUGGCCAUGAGAUCUUUGGAGUGGCGCCUGGGUGCCUUGGGACUCGGGUAUCUGCGUGCGCUCAUGCAGUUGUGAGCAAACCAACCUCCCUAUCUUUUGCAGAGGUUGCGGCAUGUCCAACAAUAUUUUGUACUGUAUACCUCGCAUUGGAGUCCGCAUCGCUGCUAAAGUUUCCAACAAAGCGUGCAUUGAUCCACGCUGGUGCGGGAGGCAUUGGAUUGGCAGCUUGUCAGGUCUUGACAUCGAGAGGGACAGAAGUAUUCGCAACAGCUGGAAGCGUUCAGAAGCGCACAAUGCUUCGAGGUUUGGGAAUUAACGUCGUGGCGAGCUCAAGAUCUAUACGAUUUGUGGAAGAUUUGCUACUCAUGUCGACCUCGCCGGUGGACAUAAUACUGAAUUGUCUGACUUCAACUGGUAUGGUCGCUGCCUCAUGCGCAGUGUUGCACGAAAACGGUCAUUUUGCAGAGAUAUCAAAGCGGGAUAUUUGGUCUUAUGAAGCAUCAAACUCGGAGCGAUCAGGUGGUGAAUUUCGCUUGGUUGCCUUCGAUAUGAUACCAAUCAAACGGUUAUACUCUAUGCUUUUGCAUUUGUCGCGGCAGCUGCAAGGUAGCUGUAUUGUUCCAGUUAUUUCAAAGCAAAGUGGACUUCAAGCUUUGCGGGAGUGUAUGCGAGAAAUGAGUGCAGGACUACACGUUGGCAAAACUGUGAUAAGUUUGCCAUUUAUAUCUAUUCACCAGGGACACAAAGGAGCGCUAACAAUUACAGGGGGCCUUGGUGGCCUUGGAAAUGCAGUGGCUUCGUGGGCUGCUCAAAAGGGUUUCUCGUGGAUAUCUUUACUGUCCCGAUCUGGUCGAAGAAAUAAGCAUCCUGGCGUCCUUCCGAUUUCACUGGCAUGUACAUUAUUCACUCGAGGUGAUGUAUCCUCUUCUGAAGAUGCAGGUCUAGUGAUGAACGCCUACAAACAACGCGCAAUGGGUACCAUCGUGCACGCGGGCGGCGUUCUAGCAGACGCCACACUCGGUCGACAAAAUGUUCAAACGAUCACAACUGUCACAGCGCCGAAAUCAAAAAGUCUCACGCGCAUCUAUACAAUCGCUGAGAUUUGUGCGCUUAAAUCACUUUUGCUGUUCUCAUCCCUUGCGUCUCUUGUAGGCUCCGGUGGCCAAUCAAACUAUGCAGCUGCAAAUUGUUGGCUCGAUGCAUGGGCUGUGGGGGCAACUACCUUGGGUGUCAGUACGACUAGUAUACAAUGGGGAGCUUGGAGUGGCAAGGAUGGAAUGGUUGGAGACCAAUCAAAUACAGCAUAUCGAAUGCAGCGAUCUGGAGUUGGCCUAGUAAAACCUGAACAAGGUCUUGCUGCCCUCGAAGGUAUACUCGGUACUGUCGGACAGUCACAUCUUUAUUGUGGUAGAAAUCAACCUGUCUUUGUAGCAAAUCCAUAUGUCUGGAAUGUGAUUAAUAAUGAUAAUAAAGAUAAUAACGUGGCGCGAAAUCUUGUAUCUUGUGUGGACGAUAAUUCGAAGAUUGAUGCAAUCGCAACCGACAAUCACGUCGUCAGGUUUCGUGAAAUUAAAAACGUAAAGCAGCAAAGCACUGAAUUUUUUAAACAAGUUGUGAGUGGUGCUUUAUAUAGUGUCAUGGGAAAGACUGUAGGUGAAAAUGAGCCGCUUCUCGAUGCCGGGUUAGAUUCCCUCGGUGCAGUGGAACUGCGAAAUACAAUAUGCUCUUCAACAGGGAUUGAUUUGCCUGCGACCCUAGUGUUUGACUUUCCGACUGUUGGGUGUAUCGUAAAAAUCCUCGGUGAUGAAAGCAGGCAAAAUCACAAAACUGUAAAAAAAGUUUUAAAAAAGAAAGAGAACAGAGCUUCAGGCAGAGAAUCGAAAAACAUCGUGGAAGCUUCAAAUAUAAACGAUCAGAUUGUCAAGAAGAAGAAUGACGAGCAACAAAGUCGCAUGGAUGCAAUGGACGCCCUGGGAUGCCCAAACUUGCCAGACUCAGAACUUACAACAACAAGCUGUCCAGCGCUGGCGAGUUUUGAUGCAUGUUCGAGUCGGCCGACACAAAUUUCCGAGAUGAUCUUUGGGGCUCGCGAUGUUGUUGCGCGCGUGCUCAUUGAUCGAUGGCUCGUUGAUGAGACUCGACAGUCGGAAAUGCAACAGGCUCGGUUUGGAGGAUUUUUGUGUCAUGUAGAUGCCUUCGAUUCUGACGCUUUCAAUAUUUCGACAUCGGAGAGUGCCCUGAUCGAUCCACAGCAUCGCAUGCUCCUUGAAGCAGUCUGGCAAAUCAAAGCUGCACUACUUACCACCCCUUCUGAGUAUGCUGGAGUCACGGUUGGCAUUUCCGGUAAUGAAUACAGCAGGAUUGUCAACCACAUCAGCCCAUACACAGCAACAGGUGGAGCCCUCAGCGUCGCGUGCGGCAGAAUUUCGUACACAUUUGGACUCCAGGGAGUGUGCGUAUCGAUCGAUACGGCGUGUUCCUCUUCGCUGGUGGGCUCGCACGUUGCACUGAAUAGCAUUGUUUCUGGUGAAUCAAAAUCUGUAUCCACAUGUGGUGUAAAUGUAACGCUAAGUCCCCUUACGACAGAAUUGUUCACAAGGGCGGGGAUGCUUGCUCAUGAUGGACGCUGCAAAGCUCUGGACUCAAGAGCAGACGGAUAUGUGCGCGGAGAGGCAUGUGUCGCUGUAGAGCUUCGCUUAGUCAAUAUGAGUACGAAAUCUGGUCACGGCGCUAUUUGUGGAUCCGCGGUCAAUCAAGACGGACGGUCGAGCUCACUUACUGCCCCAAAUGGCCCUUCGCAGCAACGUGCAAUUCGUGCUGCCUUGCAAAUGGCCGGGCUAAAUGGUGCCAUCGUCGCCGGCCUCGAGCUGCAUGGCACUGGGACUCCACUUGGAGACCCAAUUGAAGUUGGCGCUGGUCACGCGGUGUUGAUUGAAAACGCUGAGGGAGACCGUCGUAUUUCUCCCAUGCUUUCUGGCAUCAAAACCUUCACUGGACAUACAGAGCCCGCCGCAGGCGUUGUCGGUCUCAUGAACGGGAUCUGCCAAAGUAGUAGCCAGGCUGUUCUGUUUAUCUUACAUUUGCAAAGACUCAACCCGCAUCUUGAAACAAUCUCAUACGCGCCCAAUCAUGCAAAGUUAUUCUUCUGUUUUGCAUAUCCAAGGCUCCAUAGUCCAGCAGUUCCGUUGCCGCUGCGGCACUCUUUGGUUAUCGGGGUCAGUGCAUUCGCAUUUCAAGGAACUAACGCGCAUGCGGCUACUGUUAAGGAUUCGCCCACCAGUUCUCGGCAUCACGUCGGCACAAAAGGCACACAGGCCAUUACGUUUGACAAACGCAGACAUUGGCUCCGUAGUCGUCCUCAUCCUUUUAGCCGUGUGUCGAUCAAUCUCAUUGGUUCUGACAGAGAAGCCCGGUAUGUGCUUUGCAUCUCUUCGUGCCAUCAAUAUUUAUUUGGGGAUCACUGCAUUACCGGUCGUGUUCUUCUGCCUGCGACGGCGUUUCUUGAAAUUGGCUCUUGCGCCACAACACAAAUCGGCCGGACUGGCGCAUAUCCGCACGCGCUGUGUACUUCCGUGAUGUCUGCUCCGCUUGAGAUGACCGACGCAAUGUCUUUGGGAACCACAUUCUGCACAUUAACCUUAGGGAGACGUAAUGGUGAUCUUGUGGUGAGGGAUGCAGCUCAAAACAGAAACGUGUACUUUUCAAAAAGCAGCAGAGCGAAUGUGACGUCAAACAAACGCUACUUAGCAUCAGCCAAAGCCACAGCAUCGCUUAAAUGCGCUCAACGGCGAAUCUGCAAAUAUUCAGAAGUCGUCAUCGGUCUGGUCAAUGAUGUUGCCUUGAUGGACGGCGGAACAGAAAUUGAUUUGAGCAUUCACCCUGCUGCCCUUGACUGUAAUCUUCAGCUCAUCAGUGCAUUUCAGAGGACUCGGCCCGCGGCCAAACUGCAUCUGCCAGCUGCGAUCGAGGCGUAUCUUCUUGUAACAAGAUGUGCUGCUGGGAUGAGGUGGUCGACUACCUUGAGUACUAUGCCAAUGAUGUCGAGUCACCGCUCGUUUGCAGAAGACCGCAGCCCUGUACAUCUCAACAAUCUUGAAGUGAGAUUUGCAAUGCCUCAAGCAUCUGCUACGCCGCCGAAGCAUGGCAUCAGCACUUCUGCAGCUUUGCACUACAUGUAUCAAACAGCUACAUUCAUAUCUGCAUCCGACACCCGUUCAAGUCCAGCAAAACUAAAAUCCAACCCUGCUUCCCUAAGACUUCAGCCAUCGCAGCGUCCACAGAGACACGCUGCGUCUACUUUGCAAGUCGUUCAACUGAGUAAAGGAUCUCGCGUCCAGCGUCUGAUUACCCGCACAUCUGGACCGUCUCCAGAAGUGCAGGGCAUCAUUCUCUGCGCAGCUUCUGAGAUGCAGGACACGAUCCGUUUUGAUAUCCAUACAUCAGAUAAACGUGAUGCUUCAAACGCCGAUUUUGACACAAUCAUCAGUAGCAAGAGCUUCGUCAGUAGAAGCGGCGGCACAGUCUCGAUUUCGAUCAUGCAGCCGCUGGCAGUAUCGCGCAUAGCUUCCCAGAUCAAUUUGUUUGGUAGUUCCAAUUUUAAUGGCGUGAUUGAUUCAGUCAUCUCGUGCGAUGGAGGCGUGUGUACUCGCUCAAGCUUUGCGUCCCUUUCAUUUUUUCGCGCAGGCGAGAGCACGACCAUCAUCACAGGAGGACUUGGUGGUCUUGGUCAGCUUGCGGGCUCACUUGAGACUCACAGUGGCACUUCAACCGUUGUUCUGCUCGGCCGACUUGGCAGGACAUCUCAGAUACUCUGCGCCUUGGCAUUUGCAUAUACACGAGUAAUACUGCAGAGGCAAGACAUUGGGUGCUCAGACGAUUUUGAUUGCAGUUUGUUGGCACUUGACCCUCCUGUCCGAAAGCUUCUACACGCCGGUGGGGUUCUUCGAGAUGCCACGGUUCCAUCACAGUGCUCAACACAUGUAUCUUCAGUCUUCGCUCCAAAGUGCACUGGUUUGACACAGAUAAACAAAAAAAUGCAUGCUAAAGGACUUUGCACGGUCGUGCUCUUCUCGUCGAUUGCGUCGCUUCUUGGGUCUGCGGGUCAGGCCAGUUACUGCGCUGCCAACGGCUGGCUCGACGAAUCCGCGCGGGUAGAUACUUUGCGAGGUCAAACGACGUCAAGUUUGCAGUGGGGAGUUUGGCUUGGGUGUGCGGGCAUGGCUUCGAACAGCAAAACUAAUUUGAGCCGCCUGGAACGUCUUGGAGUCGGGGGUGUUUCUCGGGCACAAGGGCUAUGCGCGCUGGAUGCGAUCUCGCGCACGGCGUGCUCAUCAGGUGCUGUUGCAGUUAAUGUAUUUGCGCGAGAUACAUUCUCGAAGCUUACCUCAUCAGAUUUAACAAGUAACUUUGAUGGGUUUGCACAUCGCCAAGUGCGCGGCUCUACCAACAAAAUCCCGCCUGUUCUAAAUCGAUCUAGUGGGCACGAGGCGCUGGCUCGGUCCUGCUGCGAUCAAAUUCGGGUAAAUGAAACCAUAAAAAAUAUCGUGCAAAGCAUACUUGGUACUGGAAUCAUGACGAGUGCGCCGCUGAUGGACUCGGGAUUGGACUCAUUAGGGGCGCUGGAGCUCCGGGAAGAGAUGAACGCAACAUUUUGCAUUGAGUUACCCAGCACUGCAGUCUUUGACUACCCCACGAUAGAUUCCUUGACGAGCUUAGUCACCGCGGAGAUAUCGGAGCGCAUGGAUGACGAGCAACAAAGUCGCAUGGAUGCAAUGGACGCCCUGGGAUGCCCAAACUUGCCAGACUCAGAACUUACAACAACAAGCUGUCCAGCGCUGGCGAGUUUUGAUGCAUGUUCGAGUCGGCCGACACAAAUUUCCGAGAUGAUCUUUGGGGCUCGCGAUGUUGUUGCGCGCGUGCUCAUUGAUCGAUGGCUCGUUGAUGAGACUCGACAGUCGGAAAUGCAACAGGCUCGGUUUGGAGGAUUUUUGUGUCAUGUAGAUGCCUUCGAUUCUGACGCUUUCAAUAUUUCGACAUCGGAGAGUGCCCUGAUCGAUCCACAGCAUCGCAUGCUCCUUGAAGCAGUCUGGCAAAUCAAAGCUGCACUACUUACCACCCCUUCUGAGUAUGCUGGAGUCACGGUUGGCAUUUCCGGUAAUGAAUACAGCAGGAUUGUCAACCACAUCAGCCCAUACACAGCAACAGGUGGAGCCCUCAGCGUCGCGUGCGGCAGAAUUUCGUACACAUUUGGACUCCAGGGAGUGUGCGUAUCGAUCGAUACGGCGUGUUCCUCUUCGCUGGUGGGCUCGCACGUUGCACUGAAUAGCAUUGUUUCUGGUGAAUCAAAAUCUGUAUCCACAUGUGGUGUAAAUGUAACGCUAAGUCCCCUUACGACAGAAUUGUUCACAAGGGCGGGGAUGCUUGCUCAUGAUGGACGCUGCAAAGCUCUGGACUCAAGAGCAGACGGAUAUGUGCGCGGAGAGGCAUGUGUCGCUGUAGAGCUUCGCUUAGUCAAUAUGAGUACGAAAUCUGGUCACGGCGCUAUUUGUGGAUCCGCGGUCAAUCAAGACGGACGGUCGAGCUCACUUACUGCCCCAAAUGGCCCUUCGCAGCAACGUGCAAUUCGUGCUGCCUUGCAAAUGGCCGGGCUAAAUGGUGCCAUCGUCGCCGGCCUCGAGCUGCAUGGCACUGGGACUCCACUUGGAGACCCAAUUGAAGUUGGCGCUGGUCACGCGGUGUUGAUUGAAAACGCUGAGGGAGACCGUCGUAUUUCUCCCAUGCUUUCUGGCAUCAAAACCUUCACUGGACAUACAGAGCCCGCCGCAGGCGUUGUUGGUCUCAUGAACGGGAUCUGCCAAAGUAGUAGCCAGGCUGUUCUGUUUAUCUUACAUUUGCAAAGACUCAACCCGCAUCUUGAAACAAUCUCAUACGCGCCCAAUCAUGCAAAGUUAUUCUUCUGUUUUGCAUAUCCAAGGCUCCAUAGUCCAGCAGUUCCGUUGCCGCUGCGGCACUCUUUGGUUAUCGGGGUCAGUGCAUUCGCAUUUCAAGGAACUAACGCGCAUGCGGCUACUGUUAAGGAUUCGCCCACCAGUUCUCGGCAUCACGUCGGCACAAAAGGCACACAGGCCAUUACGUUUGACAAACGCAGACAUUGGCUCCGUAGUCGUCCUCAUCCUUUUAGCCGUGUGUCGAUCAAUCUCAUUGGUUCUGACAGAGAAGCCCGGUAUGUGCUUUGCAUCUCUUCGUGCCAUCAAUAUUUAUUUGGGGAUCACUGCAUUACCGGUCGUGUUCUUCUGCCUGCGACGGCGUUUCUUGAAAUUGGCUCUUGCGCCACAACACAAAUCGGCCGGACUGGCGCAUAUCCGCACGCGCUGUGUACUUCCGUGAUGUCUGCUCCGCUUGAGAUGACCGACGCAAUGUCUUUGGGAACCACAUUCUGCACAUUAACCUUAGGGAGACGUAAUGGUGAUCUUGUGGUGAGGGAUGCAGCUCAAAACAGAAACGUGUACUUUUCAAAAAGCAGCAGAGCGAAUGUGACGUCAAACAAACGCUACUUAGCAUCAGCCAAAGCCACAGCAUCGCUUAAAUGCGCUCAACGGCGAAUCUGCAAAUAUUCAGAAGUCGUCAUCGGUCUGGUCAAUGAUGUUGCCUUGAUGGACGGCGGAACAGAAAUUGAUUUGAGCAUUCACCCUGCUGCCCUUGACUGUAAUCUUCAGCUCAUCAGUGCAUUUCAGAGGACUCGGCCCGCGGCCAAACUGCAUCUGCCAGCUGCGAUCGAGGCGUAUCUUCUUGUAACAAGAUGUGCUGCUGGGAUGAGGUGGUCGACUACCUUGAGUACUAUGCCAAUGAUGUCGAGUCACCGCUCGUUUGCAGAAGACCGCAGCCCUGUACAUCUCAACAAUCUUGAAGUGAGAUUUGCAAUGCCUCAAGCAUCUGCUACGCCGCCGAAGCAUGGCAUCAGCACUUCUGCAGCUUUGCACUUCAUGUAUCAAACAGCUACAUUCAUAUAUGCAUCCGACACCCGUUCAAGUCCAGCAAAACUAAAAUCCAACCCUGCUUCCCUAAGACUUCAGCCAUCGCAGCGUCCACAGAGACACGCUGCGUCUACUUUGCAAGUCGUUCAACUGAGUAAAGGAUCUCGCGUCCAGCGUCUGAUUACCCGCACAUCUGGACCGUCUCCAGAAGUGCAGGGCAUCAUUCUCUGCGCAGCUUCUGAGAUGCAGGACACGAUCCGUUUUGAUAUCCAUACAUCAGAUAAACGUGAUGCUUCAAACGCCGAUUUUGACACAAUCAUCAGUAGCAAGAGCUUCGUCAGUAGAAGCGGCGGCACAGUCUCGAUUUCGAUCAUGCAGCCGCUGGCAGUAUCGCGCAUAGCUUCCCAGAUCAAUUUGUUUGGUAGUUCCAAUUUUAAUGGCGUGAUUGAUUCAGUCAUCUCGUGCGAUGGAGGCGUGUGUACUCGCUCAAGCUUUGCGUCCCUUUCAUUUUUUCGCGCAGGCGAGAGCACGACCAUCAUCACAGGAGGACUUGGUGGUCUUGGUCAGCUUGCGGGCUCACUUGAGACUCACAGUGGCACUUCAACCGUUGUUCUGCUCGGCCGACUUGGCAGGACAUCUCAGAUACUCUGCGCCUUGGCAUUUGCAUAUACACGAGUAAUACUGCAGAGGCAAGACAUUGGGUGCUCAGACGAUUUUGAUUGCAGUUUGUUGGCACUUGACCCUCCUGUCCGAAAGCUUCUACACGCCGGUGGGGUUCUUCGAGAUGCCACGGUUCCAUCACAGUGCUCAACACAUGUAUCUUCAGUCUUCGCUUCAAAGUGCACUGGUUUGACACAGAUAAACAAAAAAAUGCAUGCUAAAGGACUUUGCACGGUCGUGCUCUUCUCGUCGAUUGCGUCGCUUCUUGGGUCUGCGGGUCAGGCCAGUUACUGCGCUGCCAACGGCUGGCUCGACGAAUCCGCGCGGGUAGAUACUUUGCGAGGUCAAACGACGUCAAGUUUGCAGUGGGGAGUUUGGCUUGGGUGUGCGGGCAUGGCUUCGAACAGCAAAACUAAUUUGAGCCGCCUGGAACGUCUUGGAGUCGGGGGUGUUUCUCGGGCACAAGGGCUAUGCGCGCUGGAUGCGAUCUCGCGCUCGGCGUGCUCAUCAGGUGCUGUUGCAGUUAAUGUAUUUGCGCGAGAUACAUUCUCGAAGCUUACCUCAUCAGAUUUAACAAGUAACUUUGAUGGGUUUGCACAUCGCCAAGUGCGCGGCUCUACCAACAAAAUCCCGCCUGUUCUAAAUCGAUCUAGUGGGCACGAGGCGCUGGCUCGGUCCUGCUGCGAUCAAAUUCGGGUAAAUGAAACCAUAAAAAAUAUCGUGCAAAGCAUACUUGGUACUGGAAUCAUGACGAGUGCGCCGCUGAUGGACUCGGGAUUGGACUCAUUAGGGGCGCUGGAGCUCCGGGAAGAGAUGAACGCAACAUUUUGCAUUGAGUUACCCAGCACUGCAGUCUUUGACUACCCCACGAUAGAUUCCUUGACGAGCUUAGUCACCGCGGAGAUAUCGGAGCGCAUGGAUGACGAGCAACAAAGUCGCAUGGAUGCAAUGGACGCCCUGGGAUGCCCAAACUUGCCAGACUCAGAACUUACAACAACAAGCUGUCCAGCGCUGGCGAGUUUUGAUGCAUGUUCGAGUCGGCCGACACAAAUUUCCGAGAUGAUCUUUGGGGCUCGCGAUGUUGUUGCGCGCGUGCUCAUUGAUCGAUGGCUCGUUGAUGAGACUCGACAGUCGGAAAUGCAACAGGCUCGGUUUGGAGGAUUUUUGUGUCAUGUAGAUGCCUUCGAUUCUGACGCUUUCAAUAUUUCGACAUCGGAGAGUGCCCUGAUCGAUCCACAGCAUCGCAUGCUCCUUGAAGCAGUCUGGCAAAUCAAAGCUGCACUACUUACCACCCCUUCUGAGUAUGCUGGAGUCACGGUUGGCAUUUCCGGUAAUGAAUACAGCAGGAUUGUCAACCACAUCAGCCCAUACACAGCAACAGGUGGAGCCCUCAGCGUCGCGUGCGGCAGAAUUUCGUACACAUUUGGACUCCAGGGAGUGUGCGUAUCGAUCGAUACGGCGUGUUCCUCUUCGCUGGUGGGCUCGCACGUUGCACUGAAUAGCAUUGUUUCUGGUGAAUCAAAAUCUGUAUCCACAUGUGGUGUAAAUGUAACGCUAAGUCCCCUUACGACAGAAUUGUUCACAAGGGCGGGGAUGCUUGCUCAUGAUGGACGCUGCAAAGCUCUGGACUCAAGAGCAGACGGAUAUGUGCGCGGAGAGGCAUGUGUCGCUGUAGAGCUUCGCUUAGUCAAUAUGAGUACGAAAUCUGGUCACGGCGCUAUUUGUGGAUCCGCGGUCAAUCAAGACGGACGGUCGAGCUCACUUACUGCCCCAAAUGGCCCUUCGCAGCAACGUGCAAUUCGUGCUGCCUUGCAAAUGGCCGGGCUAAAUGGUGCCAUCGUCGCCGGCCUCGAGCUGCAUGGCACUGGGACUCCACUUGGAGACCCAAUUGAAGUUGGCGCUGGUCACGCGGUGUUGAUUGAAAACGCUGAGGGAGACCGUCGUAUUUCUCCCAUGCUUUCUGGCAUCAAAACCUUCACUGGACAUACAGAGCCCGCCGCAGGCGUUGUUGGUCUCAUGAACGGGAUCUGCCAAAGUAGUAGCCAGGCUGUUCUGUUUAUCUUACAUUUGCAAAGACUCAACCCGCAUCUUGAAACAAUCUCAUACGCGCCCAAUCAUGCAAAGUUAUUCUUCUGUUUUGCAUAUCCAAGGCUCCAUAGUCCAGCAGUUCCGUUGCCGCUGCGGCACUCUUUGGUUAUCGGGGUCAGUGCAUUCGCAUUUCAAGGAACUAACGCGCAUGCGGCUACUGUUAAGGAUUCGCCCACCAGUUCUCGGCAUCACGUCGGCACAAAAGGCACACAGGCCAUUACGUUUGACAAACGCAGACAUUGGCUCCGUAGUCGUCCUCAUCCUUUUAGCCGUGUGUCGAUCAAUCUCAUUGGUUCUGACAGAGAAGCCCGGUAUGUGCUUUGCAUCUCUUCGUGCCAUCAAUAUUUAUUUGGGGAUCACUGCAUUACCGGUCGUGUUCUUCUGCCUGCGACGGCGUUUCUUGAAAUUGGCUCUUGCGCCACAACACAAAUCGGCCGGACUGGCGCAUAUCCGCACGCGCUGUGUACUUCCGUGAUGUCUGCUCCGCUUGAGAUGACCGACGCAAUGUCUUUGGGAACCACAUUCUGCACAUUAACCUUAGGGAGACGUAAUGGUGAUCUUGUGGUGAGGGAUGCAGCUCAAAACAGAAACGUGUACUUUUCAAAAAGCAGCAGAGCGAAUGUGACGUCAAACAAACGCUACUUAGCAUCAGCCAAAGCCACAGCAUCGCUUAAAUGCGCUCAACGGCGAAUCUGCAAAUAUUCAGAAGUCGUCAUCGGUCUGGUCAAUGAUGUUGCCUUGAUGGACGGCGGAACAGAAAUUGAUUUGAGCAUUCACCCUGCUGCCCUUGACUGUAAUCUUCAGCUCAUCAGUGCAUUUCAGAGGACUCGGCCCGCGGCCAAACUGCAUCUGCCAGCUGCGAUCGAGGCGUAUCUUCUUGUAACAAGAUGUGCUGCUGGGAUGAGGUGGUCGACUACCUUGAGUACUAUGCCAAUGAUGUCGAGUCACCGCUCGUUUGCAGAAGACCGCAGCCCUGUACAUCUCAACAAUCUUGAAGUGAGAUUUGCAAUGCCUCAAGCAUCUGCUACGCCGCCGAAGCAUGGCAUCAACACUUCUGCAGCUUUGCACUUCAUGUAUCAAACAGCUACAUUCAUAUAUGCAUCCGACACCCGUUCAAGUCCAGCAAAACUAAAAUCCAACCCUGCUUCCCUAAGACUUCAGCCAUCGCAGCGUCCACAGAGACACGCUGCGUCUACUUUGCAAGUCGUUCAACUGAGUAAAGGAUCUCGCGUCCAGCGUCUGAUUACCCGCACAUCUGGACCGUCUCCAGAAGUGCAGGGCAUCAUUCUCUGCGCAGCUUCUGAGAUGCAGGACACGAUCCGUUUUGAUAUCCAUACAUCAGAUAAACGUGAUGCUUCAAACGCCGAUUUUGACACAAUCAUCAGUAGCAAGAGCUUCGUCAGUAGAAGCGGCGGCACAGUCUCGAUUUCGAUCAUGCAGCCGCUGGCAGUAUCGCGCAUAGCUUCCCAGAUCAAUUUGUUUGGUAGUUCCAAUUUUAAUGGCGUGAUUGAUUCAGUCAUCUCGUGCGAUGGAGGCGUGUGUACUCGCUCAAGCUUUGCGUCCCUUUCAUUUUUUCGCGCAGGCGAGAGCACGACCAUCAUCACAGGAGGACUUGGUGGUCUUGGUCAGCUUGCGGGCUCACUUGAGACUCACAGUGGCACUUCAACCGUUGUUCUGCUCGGCCGACUUGGCAGGACAUCUCAGAUACUCUGCGCCUUGGCAUUUGCAUAUACACGAGUAAUACUGCAGAGGCAAGACAUUGGGUGCUCAGACGAUUUUGAUUGCAGUUUGUUGGCACUUGACCCUCCUGUCCGAAAGCUUCUACACGCCGGUGGGGUUCUUCGAGAUGCCACGGUUCCAUCACAGUGCUCAACACAUGUAUCUUCAGUCUUCGCUCCAAAGUGCACUGGUUUGACACAGAUAAACAAAAAAAUGCAUGCUAAAGGACUUUGCACGGUCGUGCUCUUCUCGUCGAUUGCGUCGCUUCUUGGGUCUGCGGGUCAGGCCAGUUACUGCGCUGCCAACGGCUGGCUCGACGAAUCCGCGCGGGUAGAUACUUUGCGAGGUCAAACGACGUCAAGUUUGCAGUGGGGAGUUUGGCUUGGGUGUGCGGGCAUGGCUUCGAACAGCAAAACUAAUUUGAGCCGCCUGGAACGUCUUGGAGUCGGGGGUGUUUCUCGGGCACAAGGGCUAUGCGCGCUGGAUGCGAUCUCGCGCUCGGCGUGCUCAUCAGGUGCUGUUGCAGUUAAUGUAUUUGCGCGAGAUACAUUCUCGAAGCUUACCUCAUCAGAUUUAACAAGUAACUUUGAUGGGUUUGCACAUCGCCAAGUGCGCGGCUCUACCAACAAAAUCCCGCCUGUUCUAAAUCGAUCUAGUGGGCACGAGGCGCUGGCUCGGUCCUGCUGCGAUCAAAUUCGGGUAAAUGAAACCAUAAAAAAUAUCGUGCAAAGCAUACUUGGUACUGGAAUCAUGACGAGUGCGCCGCUGAUGGACUCGGGAUUGGACUCAUUAGGGGCGCUGGAGCUCCGGGAAGAGAUGAACGCAACAUUUUGCAUUGAGUUACCCAGCACUGCAGUCUUUGACUACCCCACGAUAGAUUCCUUGACGAGCUUAGUCACCGCGGAGAUAUCGGAGCGCAUGGAUGACGAGCAACAAAGUCGCAUGGAUGCAAUGGACGCCCUGGGAUGCCCAAACUUGCCAGACUCAGAACUUACAACAACAAGCUGUCCAGCGCUGGCGAGUUUUGAUGCAUGUUCGAGUCGGCCGACACAAAUUUCCGAGAUGAUCUUUGGGGCUCGCGAUGUUGUUGCGCGCGUGCUCAUUGAUCGAUGGCUCGUUGAUGAGACUCGACAGUCGGAAAUGCAACAGGCUCGGUUUGGAGGAUUUUUGUGUCAUGUAGAUGCCUUCGAUUCUGACGCUUUCAAUAUUUCGACAUCGGAGAGUGCCCUGAUCGAUCCACAGCAUCGCAUGCUCCUUGAAGCAGUCUGGCAAAUCAAAGCUGCACUACUUACCACCCCUUCUGAGUAUGCUGGAGUCACGGUUGGCAUUUCCGGUAAUGAAUACAGCAGGAUUGUCAACCACAUCAGCCCAUACACAGCAACAGGUGGAGCCCUCAGCGUCGCGUGCGGCAGAAUUUCGUACACAUUUGGACUCCAGGGAGUGUGCGUAUCGAUCGAUACGGCGUGUUCCUCUUCGCUGGUGGGCUCGCACGUUGCACUGAAUAGCAUUGUUUCUGGUGAAUCAAAAUCUGUAUCCACAUGUGGUGUAAAUGUAACGCUAAGUCCCCUUACGACAGAAUUGUUCACAAGGGCGGGGAUGCUUGCUCAUGAUGGACGCUGCAAAGCUCUGGACUCAAGAGCAGACGGAUAUGUGCGCGGAGAGGCAUGUGUCGCUGUAGAGCUUCGCUUAGUCAAUAUGAGUACGAAAUCUGGUCACGGCGCUAUUUGUGGAUCCGCGGUCAAUCAAGACGGACGGUCGAGCUCACUUACUGCCCCAAAUGGCCCUUCGCAGCAACGUGCAAUUCGUGCUGCCUUGCAAAUGGCCGGGCUAAAUGGUGCCAUCGUCGCCGGCCUCGAGCUGCAUGGCACUGGGACUCCACUUGGAGACCCAAUUGAAGUUGGCGCUGGUCACGCGGUGUUGAUUGAAAACGCUGAGGGAGACCGUCGUAUUUCUCCCAUGCUUUCUGGCAUCAAAACCUUCACUGGACAUACAGAGCCCGCCGCAGGCGUUGUCGGUCUCAUGAACGGGAUCUGCCAAAGUAGUAGCCAGGCUGUUCUGUUUAUCUUACAUUUGCAAAGACUCAACCCGCAUCUUGAAACAAUCUCAUACGCGCCCAAUCAUGCAAAGUUAUUCUUCUGUUUUGCAUAUCCAAGGCUCCAUAGUCCAGCAGUUCCGUUGCCGCUGCGGCACUCUUUGGUUAUCGGGGUCAGUGCAUUCGCGUUUCAAGGAACUAACGCGCAUGCGGCUACUGUUAAGGAUUCGCCCACCAGUUCUCGGCAUCAUGUCGGCACAAAAGGCACACAGGCCAUUACGUUUGACAAACGCAGACAUUGGCUCCGUAGUCGUCCUCAUCCUUUUAGCCGUGUGUCGAUCAAUCUCAUUGGUUCUGCUUCACAGAUGGAUGUUUCGACUAGACAUUUUACUUUGUUGAAAUGUUCGACGCAAUUAUUCUCGCUCCAGGCCUUAAAAGAUUCACUCCUCGUUUCAAUGGCCCAGGACGACAGCCAUAACCAUACAAAUCUUUGCUCUAUUGUCUUCCUAGGCGCCUUGCAUUUUGCAGGCUUGAGUUGUAACUCUUAUGAUGAUAGCAACUCGAAUUGUUCCUUCGUUCAUGUUGACAUGAAUCUUAAAGAUGGUUCUGCUACCCUACACCAUGGACUUAAUAUAUUGCUAAUUUGCUGCAUGGGAAAUUGUUCUUUCUCGCUACGUUUUGAUCCAUCCGCGUGCACCGCUCCCCAGAUGAUUCAUAACGUAAGAAAUGCGAAUGAUACUGCAUAUUUUAUGCUAAAGACACUAUUUGAAGUCAAGGAUGCAUGUAUUUUUCCACUAUUGUUGCGCUCGAAGGGAUAUCACACACAAAGUCGUCUAAGUGCUAUAGAAUGCCAUUGGGAUAAUGCACCGGCAUGCCACAGCUUCACUUUCUCCGGCAACAUCUCCUCUACUUCGGUCAGAUCAUGUCAAGGUUAUAGUAACGAGGAUAGAAUCAUUUACAGAACCUGCGAAAUAAUAUUAUCGCCGAUGAUCUCAUCUAGAAUCAUCACUCCAGAAAAUAUUGAUGUUUACGAAAAUAGUAUAGCCACAAAGUCAACAAACAUGAAGGAUACAGAUUCUAGAUAUUUAGUUCGCUGGAGAGCGACCACCUCACUUUAUUCUGACUCACGAGCAGGCAGAUGGAGAAUAAACAAAUCGCAAAACCAAACAGUAACGUCCAUAUUUGAACGAAGUGCCGGAUGUCGCAUCUCAGCAUCAAUCAUAUCUGAGGCGCAGACUCUUUGCCAUUCUCGUGGUUUUCGAACCGGGGCUGUAUUACUGACCACGCAAAACGUAUCUACGACUGCUCCAAGAUCAAGCUUUGGUAUCCAGGGUGGUAUUGAUUGUGCUUCUGCUUGGGGAAUAUUUCGUGUAGUCAGCAAUGAAAUGAGAGGAGAAAUCAGUUGUGGAAUUGAUGCCGACUUCACAUCUGCAAACACACCCUCCGGCCUUGUUCAAGCUGAUAGCAAGAGCGGAACAUCAAUCCGUUCUGGCGCAGUGCAUGUUGGAUCGUUCCAAAAAAUGAAGUGUUUUCAUAGAAGUGAUCAACAUCUUUUGAGAGAUUGUGUCACGUUCAAGGGUAAUAUUCUCAUUACUGGUGGGCUUGGCGCCAUUUGUAACAUCUUGGUUACCUGGAUUACUACUUUGCUAAUCUCCACUGACAGAGCAACGCCUUGCAUCAUGGUAUCUGGACGUCGCGGACGUGCAAAUCAUUUAUACAGAUGGACAUCUCAUGCCUGCUUAGUUAUUGCUAGGAUGUGUGACGUUGCCACUUCAGAAGAUAACUUGCUGACAUCAAUUUCUGCCUGUGUCAAUGGCCAAAUAGGAAUAGUCAUGCAUACUAGCGGUGCUCUUCAAGAUGCAUCGAUUCUAAAUCAGACACCGUGUGCUAUUACGAAAACGUCUGCGCCAAAAAUUGCUGGGCUAAAGUGCACUCAUAAGUUUCUGCUCGCAACUUGUCCAGUGCAUCAAUGUGUGAUAUUCUCUUCAAUUGCGUCUUCAUUCGGAUCCCCAGGACAAGCUAAUUAUGUUGCCGCCAACGCGUGGAUGGAUGGCUGGGCGGAUUCCGCGAGGCGCAUAUCGAUUGGGGGAGUAGUUACCAGUAUUCAGUGGGGUCCGUGGACAAAUCUUCCCAAUGGUGGGAUGGCCUGUAGCAUUCAGCAAUCAAAAUUGAUGAAACAAAGGAGUUUCAUCGGCGUUGGAUCGCUUUCUCCAAAAGAUGGCGUCUUGAUCAUAGAAAUGCUAUUGAAAUCAAUGACAUACUAUGGUACCAUACCCACAGUUAUGCUUGCAAGUAAGUUCAGCUGGAAAACACUUCUUGAUAAUGCCGGCAAAGAUGUCAGACUCACGACACUCUAUUUACUGGUUGCAAGUCCAUUUCCCCGAAGAAAGCGCAUACAGAACAGGGAAUCACGCUAUGCUCGUGCGUUGACGCCCAGUAACAUUGAAACAAAACCAUGCUUUUCUCUAGUACCAUUUCAAGAACCCGCGACUCGGUCAAUCAUUCUCGCUACGAUUGCCCGGUUUCUCGGUUACGAGGUUGAUCCAGAUAGACCUCUGAUUGAUGCCGGUGUCGAUAGUCUAUCAAUGACGGAGCUAGGGCGGCAAAUAGAAACUGAUGUCCAGGUGCCUCUUCCAUCAACAGCACUUUUUGACUAUCCAACAGUGGCAGACUUAUCUGCUUAUGUGACAAAUCUGAUUGGUUCAAAUCAAACAAGCCCACGGCCCCUAGUUUCAUCCCAUCACCAUCAAGCAACAUUUUCUACUCAUACGCACAAAUGUUCCGAGCGCGUGGGCGUCGUUGGUACUGGCAUGCGCUUUGCUGGAGCUGGCCCUGACGGAUGUGAUUCAUUUGAAAAGUUCUGGCAGCUACUUGCUUCUGGAGGUGAUUCGGUAACGAUUGUGCCUUUGAGUCGUUGGGACAUUGAUGUUGACACGACUUGUUUUGGUGUCCGGAGGCGCCGCGAUCCAGAGAUUGAAGAAUACAGCCGGCAUGGAUCAUUCAUUGUGGGGAUUGACUCAUUUGAUUGUAAACUAUUUGGCAUCGACUCGAAUGAGGCUGCAUUGAUCGACACACAGCAGCGCAUGCUGCUCAAAGUGGUUGCCGAUGCGAUGCACGGAGGAUACCUCACUGGCAAAGGUGGACGUGGCUCAAACACAGCUGUCUUUGUAGGGAUCUGCAACAAUGACAGAGAUGUAAUACUGCGUGAGCACGUCGUCGAAUUAGCUAUGAACGGCGGUUCAUAUAACGACAUUGUCGACACAGUAGGCGUUAUUGCAUACAGCACAUAUGCAUUUGCCUCAAACAGAAUAUCAUACAUUCUCGGGCUGAUUGGAGCCAGCAUUUCAAUUGACUGCGCAUCUGCGUCUGCUCUCGUUGCCGUGCAUAUGGCAGCCAACGAAGCUAGAAGAGAUUUAAACAUCCACUUACGUUGUCUCGCUGCAUCUGUGAAUCUGAUCUUGCAUAACAACCUGACCGAUCUUCAUACCGCACGGAAAAUGUUUGCUAAUGAUGGACGAUGCAAAACUUUUGAUGCUAAUGCAGACGGCUUCGAGCGAGGUGAAGGUGUUGGGGCAACCCUCCUUCGCAAUGCGGCAGAGAUGUGUGAUGAAAAUUCCCUCGUGUACAUUGCUGGGUCGGUUUCUAUUCAUAAAGGUGGUGGCGCAUCUCUUCGUGCGCUUCGCGGGCCCGCCAUUCAAUUAAAAGUUCACCGAGCUCUUGAAGCAGCAAAUAUGGAACCGAAUGAUGUCAAAUACAUUGAGGCAUCGGGUCUUGGAGAGCCUUACGGAGACGCAGUCGAAGUGAGUGCAUACCAGAACGUCUUUGAGCCUGAGAGGAUUUCAAAUGACAAAUUGCUGUUUGGAUCAGUUCACACGAAUCUUGGUCAUCUGGAUGGAUGUAGUGGAAUUGCAAGUUUUCUUAAGGCAUGUGCAGUUACUUUCAAUGCAGGUGCUCCUCCGCUUGUUCACUUCAAAACACUGCACGCCUUGAUGCGUGGAAAGUCUUGCACAGAAGCCGCCGCAUUGUUCGGGCAUACAUUGAAGUGCACAGACGUUUCAUGUUUUCCAAGUGCAUUCCCGAUGAGUCUCAUGCCCGCAUACUCACACAUAAUCGAUGAAACCAAACAUCAAAGUGCAGGGAUCACAUGCGCAGAUUGCUUGCCAAAGCUUACGUCUACUGUCAGUAGCUUUGGCUUUGGUGGCACUAUGGCAAAUGUUAUUGUAGAAGUUGGAUAUGCGUGCACGCGAUACUAUGACACUCAUAGACAGGUGGUCUGUGAAGAACGUGUGAUCCCAAGAAUAGAUCAUCGCAAUCGUUGCGACCUGCAAACCCUCGCUGAAGAAUCACUUGCGUACAUCGAAAGCGUCGUAUGGAAAUCUAUUCGAGAAGUGAUAGGUCCUUCUCGCAAGCUGGCAAGACAUGCCCUCCUACUGCAAAUGAGCGAUGGCACGUCUCUUAAUGAAGCUGAAUAUCGACUAUUCAAAGCUCUACUGAUUGAGCGGCUUGGUGUCAAAUCCUUGCCCAGCAGUGCAUUUUCAACUUGCACGACAGUGGCGCAUAUUUCUCACGAAAUACUGAUAUUUGCACUGCGUGCUCAGCUCAGUGAGACAGGUGGAAUUUCCGUCGGUUCAAUUAUUAAGGCUUGGCUGAAAACUCAUGCAAGAAGGCAAUGCACUGAUCCCUGUAGAAUACCAUUGUCUCUGACACUUAUCCCGUCCAGAGAAAGCUUACAUCAAAUAGCAUUUGUUUUGGCAAACCCCCGAUCUGGCUCAACACUGACACAACUCAUAUUAAAUGCCAAUCCGCAACUCUUUGCCCCGCAAGAACUCUACCUUCUCCACUUCCACACUAUGAAUGAACGACGGCUUCGCCUUUCUGGACAGGAUUUGGAGGGCUGGAUAUUUGAAGGCCUGCGUAAAGCGGUGAUGGAACUUCGUUGCUGUGAUUCCAGAGCAGCCAGCGCAACUCUCACUGCAUUCGACAUUUUAGAAACUCAGCAAGUAUAUCACAUAUUGCAGGGAUGGGCCGACGCGCGCAUUCUUGUGGACAAGACACCACCAUAUAUCUGGUCCGCAGAUACGCUUCAUCGUGCAGAGUCAUUAUUUCAUGAUGCGAGAUACAUCUUUAUCUGCAGGCACCCAUAUGCAAAUAUAUUUUCAAUGACAAAAGAAACGAUACGGCGGGACUGGCUAGGUGUUGCUUUAGAUGGUCUUGUGUGUAACAAGUCACACCAUUUAGAUUCAUACUCCAAAUUGCAGGAACAAAAACUAGCAUUGCAAUCAAAUGUUGAACGUGCUCUUUGGGAAGAAGCAGAAAAUCUCUGGGCUCUCGGAAAUGAAAAUGUGCUGGAUUUCUUCACAGCUGUCUCGAGCAAAAAGCAACUGACGCUUUGCUACGAAACCAUUGUUUAUCAUCCCGAAACUUCGAGCAGAGCAAUGUGCAGCAUGCUUGGGAUUUCAUUUUCUCCUGAUAUGCUCUUUCCAUUUACGGAUAAAAAUACAUCCACAUUUUUGCCAUCAUUUAAAGGUGGACUCAGUGCUGGAGACCCUCACAUGCUAAGUCGGCGAGGGAUACAUUCACACUUUGCGAACGCAUGGCAGCGAGCCGCAUAUCCGCAGCUCUUAACCCCCUUUGCAGCGCAUGUUACAAAAGAACUUGGAUACCGCCUACCUGCAUGGAAACAUAUGACUCUUCAUUCUGAAAUUCCAGUUGACGUGGUGCGUCUAAAUUCAUCAACUAAAGAACCAGCCAUGGUCUUUAUACAUGAUCACACUGGCGAUAUUCACUUUUUGCGCUCUGUCACCAAAAAAAUGGCAACUGCUGCAUUCUGCAUCCGGGCUGUGGGUCGUGGAAAGUCAAAUAUCAACGAAAGUAAAGAAGGGCAGAGCCAGCACCAAUCAUCCUCCUUCUUGUGCGAUUAUGAUGUUCAAUCAUUGGCAGCACGAUAUCGGUCUAUUAUGUCUACCGCCCUUGAAUUUUCGAGGGGCGAUAAAAUUAUAUAUGGUGGUAUAGGUUCUUUUGGCACGCGGAUUGCAUUUGAAAUGGCAGCACAACAACAGGACGCGGCCAUCUAUGACAAUAACACAAAUGGCGUGUCAACGAAUAGUUGGGUUAAAGAAGCAAUUCACGCCAACGACGGCGAGCACUCGGCCAUCGGGCUCCUUCUCUUUACUAACCCAGGGGCAUUCGAGGUCAACGACAAACUUCCGCUCGAUGUCCAGGCUAUACAUUCUGCAAAGCUUUUAUUGGACUUACAGCCCAUGGCAAGUCUGAAUGAAACAGAAUUCAACAGCAAAUUGUUGGGUCUUCCUAUAACAUGCCUGGAUGCAUUCAGGCAGGAAUUUGCUAUCCAAGGAAAUGUUCAGGAUCAUCGCCUUGGUAUCCUACACAGCGUCAAAAGGUCAUUACACGUCACCCACCGAGCAUGGCAACUCGCAGAAUUAUACUCAUCUCCAAAUCGUCGAUUUGAAUUUCCGACUUUAGUCAUCUGCUAUCAAGCUACCAUUUCAAGUGUGCUCGCAGAGUUCCAUGGGACAAAGGACGAGCUUCUAGAAAUGCAAUCGUCUCGCGCGGAAAGUGGGAUCACCUCAAUCAUGCAUGAAUUUGUAAGUCAAGUUUCAUCGUGA